UUAACUUCGUACGUAGGGCUCUUUCCUUCACUCAAAACACACACCAUGUACCCAUCUCCUCCUUCUCCGCCGUCUCCGCCGCACAACUCCGACGUCUCCGGCGAACGGUCUCGGUACGGGUCCGCCGUUGGAACCACCCGUGAUUUGUCCUCUCUCGGCUCACAAUUUCCGCCGCCGCCGCCACCGCAGCAGCAGCACCGUUCAAACGUCGUGGGGCAUUACCUCGCCGGAGAUUAUUAUUCUUCCUCCUUCGGAUCGGAUUCCGGAAACUGCAAUGUUAUGGCCGGCUCAUCGAUUUACCAGAAAGAUUCCGGCAAAAACGUGAUGCAGAGCACCAGCGGUUUCAAUGAUCAGAUGGAAGGAGACAGCAAUGGAGGAGGAGGUGCUUCAUCUUCGUCUCUGUUCCGACACCGAAGCUCUCCUCCUGGGUUUUUUAAUCAACAGAUUUCUUCCACUGAUCGCAACGGUUUCUCCUUGGGAGGACGGGGCGGCGGCGGCGACCGGAGGCUACCGUCGAGGUCGAAGGCGGAGGUGGGUUUUCCGGCGGCGAGUGGGCAAGAUCGUCGUUCUUUGUCGAGGAUUCCGGAGGUGGUGGAGACUACAGCCGUUAACGCCGGCGUCAACGCUGCGUCAGGUAGCAGCUGUAUGAGCUUUGGAAUGGACAAUCGUCGUCAUCACUCUUGGGACGCUUCUUCUUCUUCCAACAUUAGUUUCACCAUUGAUCAGCCCGGAAAACGAUCCAAGACUACCGAUUUCUUCACCCUAGAAACUCAGUUCAGCAUGCCACAAACAUCUCUGGAGAUUGAGAGAAUGAAGAACUUAAUGAAUAUCCCGGAAGACUCAGUGCCUUGUAGGGUCCGAGCCAAACGCGGUUGCGCCACUCACCCCCGCAGCAUCGCUGAAAGGGAGAGAAGAACGAGAAUAAGUGGAAAGCUGAAGAAGUUGCAAGAAUUGGUUCCCAAUAUGGAUAAGCAAACGAGCUAUGCUGACAUGUUGGAUUUGGCUGUUGAGCAUAUCAAAGAGCUUCAACACCAAGUAGAGAAACUGAUAAAGGAGGCGGAGAAAUGUAAUUGCGGCGCGUGCAAGAGGUGAUCGUUUUAGUCUUACUUUCUCGAAGGAACCUUAAAACAGCACGAAGAGUCAUUCAGUUCCGAGGAUUUUGGAGGUUAGAAGAAACAUGUCCAAAUCUGAUUUGGCGCCACCACAAGUCUCUAGACUCACAAUAUAACACGGUUGAAUCGGAGGUAGCUUUGGACAAAUCACGAUUGAAACAAGCAUGGAUAAAGCUUUUGAAGUUUAAAUAACGAAAGCCUGUUUUGACAAAUCUUGAUUUCAGCCCAACGCUAAUUAAUAUUCACCCGUGUGACAAUCGAGUUCAUAUAUACUUUUAUCUAUAAAU